CUCGCCGCUGCCAGCCCCGUCCCGGCGGGCGCCGCGCUGCGGGAAGCCCCGCUCAGGAAGCCAGCGGCCGCCUCGCUGCCUCGGCUCUUGCUUUGCUCUCCCUGGCACGUUUCCCCGCCGGCCGCCCCAGCUUUCCGCACAGAUCCUGCCUCGCUGCCGGAGGGAUGCUGGGAGCGGGGCUGGCGCUGGCGCUCUGCGCCCUGCAGCUCUGCCCGGCCGCGCUCGGCGGGUCGCACCCGCAGCUGCUGGUGGAGCGGAGCGGCUCCCGGAGGCUGAGCAAGGUUGGUGGCUUUGCCUGGGAGAACUGUGGUGACAGGAUGGACCCCGUGGUGCUGCAGAGCCUCUCCGUGGCGCCUGACCCCAUCAGCAUCCCAGGGAGCCUGCGCGUCAGCGCGGCCGUCAGCAGCAGCAAGACCAUGGCCUCCCCUCUGAAGGCGGUGCUGGUGGUGGAGAAGGCGCUGGGUGACCUCUGGAUCCAGCUGCCCUGCAUCGACGAGCUGGGCAGCUGCACCUAUGAUGAUGUCUGCACCAUCCUCGACAACCUCAUCCCGCCUGGCACGACCUGCCCGGAGCCCCUGCUUACCUACGGCAUCCCCUGCCACUGCCCCUUCAAAGCGGGCUCCUACUCCCUGCCAGCCAGCGACUUCAUCCUGCCUGAUGUGGAGCUGCCUGCCUGGAUGACCAACGGCAACUACCGCGUCCGGGUGGCCGUCAGCAGCAGCGGGGAGGAGCUCGCCUGCGUCAAGCUGGCCUUCUCUCUGCAGUCCCAGUGAGGAGUGGGGGGGGCCGUCCCUCCUCUCCCCACCACCUUGGUCCUUUGUCCCAUCCCAUCCAGUUGCACCCCAUCACAUCCCAACCUGUCCCUGCGAGCUGCAUUCCUCCUGCUGCCAGGAGGAGGCAGCCCCCAUACCCCCGCUUGGUGCCCCCUCCCCUGCUAAACACAGAAAGGCCCCUCCAGCUGUCCCGCUGUCCCCAGCCCCAUCACCAGGGUGUCCCCUGCCCUGGACAGGGUGGCCGUGGAGCUAACCCCAGCCUUUCAGCGUGACCUGGGGGUAGUUAUUUUUUACCCAGUUUCUCUUUUUUUCUCUUAAUCCCAUCCAGGGUAUUUUAGACAAAAACAUUCCAGGGAAAAGCAAUAUUUCUUGGAGCACUCCAUGGGGCGAGGGAGCGUUUGGGAGUGCUGGGGCAGGCUGAAGGGAUGCAGGAUUAGUUGCGGAGGGUGUCCCUGCUUGCCCCCACCACCUCCAGCCGGAGCACAGGGCUGUUUUGCAGAAGUGUCCCCAAAGUGGCCACAGGAGACCUGUCCCCCCAUGGCAGCUCUGGGUCUGCCUUUGGCGCAUCCCUGUCCUGCGCAUGGGACCAGCUUGGUGGCAUGAGGCACCGGUGAGGGCACCUCCCUGUGUCCCUGCUGUGACAACCAUCACAAGCACAAGAGGACUGAAACCGCCCAACCCCCCGACUGACGUUUCCACUCGCGAAGGACCAAGCGCGUGGUGCUGCUCCCAGCAGCAGGAGAGGUGGCUGGACAUGGGCUGCGCUCGCUCUGGGGGGACACACGGCUGUGACGGGGAGCUGGGGCACAGCCUGGCCGAGGACAAGUCCCACUCAUCUCAUUUUGCCACUGGGACCGAGCCGAGGCAGGACGCUGCACUGGGGACCAUCCUUCCCAUGCACUGGCAGAGGCACCCCCACCACGUGGAGCAGCACCCCGGUCAUGGGGUGGACUGGGAGAUGACCAUGAAGACCAGCAGGCUGGGUUCUAUUUGGGGGCCCUGAAGUCCAUCUCCCGGUCGUGGCUGGGGGCCGAGGUGUGGGCAGGUAGUAUCCUUCCUGCCUGCUGCUCUAGGCAGGGCGUAUGUCUGACACCACCCACCUACGCCAGGUCCCCGCAGGGUGCAGGUGACCCACCAGCCCCCCGCAUCCCUCGCUUCCUCACCGUCCCUGCCUGCUCACAUUAUUUAGCCUCUCUGUAGGGCUGGUCUUCCUCCAAGCACUUUAUACGCCUUAACUACUGCUGGGCUGCCCCGGCGGGAGGUCCUCUGCCACGCAGACGUGCCCCACCACCUCUCUGUGCCCUCGACUUGCUCCGUUUCAUCCUGCUGCUGGGUCCGACCCAGGUGUGUUUUGCUUGGAGAAGCACUAACCCUCUCAUCCCGCUCGCCGCUGCCACACAGCACCCAUGCCAGGGAGGCAUCCUCCUUUUGGGCAGGUACUGCAGGUUCUUAAUAAAUCUUUUUACC